CUUUUUCCGCGCGCGGGUUGCACACAUCCGGUGCUUCUUCCCAAGUUUUUCCAUCGGUCAGUUAACUCGGAUGUGUUGUUGUUGUUGCUCUGGUGUCCUUGAUAUUGCAUCGCCGUACAGUGCGCCAUCCCAAAAACCAUUGUCCUGAAGAGUUUGCCCCAUCCGUGACGACACCUUGUGGUGCAAUUGCAAUUGGCCCUAGGGUCGCCGUGGAUUUUUGGUGCCGUAUGCUGGCACCAAACUGACGCGCUCCUCGAGCAUCGGCCGUAACACGUUAUCGGCCGUCCAAUCGCCGCCCGCCUCGCCUCUGACGACGACGUACGACGUCACGAAUUUCACACCGCCGCGUUACCUAAACCGUAACCGUUUGCGGGGCAGGAACGGGGCUAGGUUGCAGUGCGGGCGAGUGUUCUAUCUGCUCACGCGGUUGGGAACAGUAGUCUCGUACGUGCGUGCGAAGUGCGUAGUUUGUCGAUGCGAUUCAGCUUCCCAUUGCACGGGAAAUUAGCUCGCAUCCCCCGCCGAUCCGCGGCCAACCGUGCCGACGUGUGCUGCUUGCUAAAGUGAUAGUAUUUCAUCCCCUCUUUGCCGACCCACAAGUGCGUCAUAGGUGCUGUGCGGCAAGGGGGAAGGCAUGUUGGGAAGUAAGUCGAAAAUCUGGUGCAAGUGAAACGAAGAAGGCGCGGAGCAGAGUACGUGAAAAGUGUUGUGGGUGAAGCGAAAAGUUACGUUCGUGUUGGGAUUUGCUUUCUUCCGGCCAACAGCCGGCAUGCUACAGGGUUGCCUGGCAGGUCCACCUGAUCGAGUCGCUAGUUGUUGGGCACCAUAACCGUGUUGCGAAUGUGCCCGUCAUUCGACGCGUUGUUUUGCCUACCGUAAUCGAGGGCUGAUUGAACCGCUAUCGCCAAAAUACCUUCUCGAAUCACGUCAUUACGGUGCCCCGAUUUUACCGAAAGAACAACACCCUCAACGAGUUGCGUGAAAAAUACGACGGCAUAUGGAUUGACAGGACAAACGAGUAGGACGGAUUUGAAGUCAUCCGCUGACUUCCGUCAGUCACUUUGGUUUAUUCUGCCCGGUUAAUUAUUGACGUCGAGACGAGAAGUUUUUGUUUCGAAGUUGUUCGAACUAGCGAAGUCAGCUGAAAUAGCAACUGUUUCUCAAAAUAGCGUAUUAUCGGUGUGCCAAAGUGAUUUGUUUGUAGCAUAAAACACGUGCGAAUGCUAUCUGUUCAAAACGUACGGUCGCUUCCAAUCUGCGAAAAGGUCCACCAAAGGCUAGAUACAUAUCAACAGGACAGGCGAAAGCCGCAAUUCGUAAUGAAAUCGCACGGAUCGCAACGAUCGAUGGUGGAAGUGUCGAAUCCGAUGGCUACCGGGGCCCAUCGAAGCAUUGCCGGAACCCGUUUAUGCAGGUCCCCACGGGAGGCGUACGGUGGCCACAACGGAGCGACGGUCCCCGACAGGCAGCAUCGCCGUGGCGUGGACAAGGAACAGUACCAACAGCGUGCACCGCUGCCCCGCAAAUCCAACCAGCGCCAUCCGGAGCAACAGUCGGAGAAGCUACAUGUCGUCGCUAAACCCAAGUUGAUACCACGAUUUACGCGCUUCCAAGUGUUAAGAAUUAUCAAAUUAGCGACCAUGGACAAACUGCGCGAAUCGGACGCGCCCGGGGCAGAUGACCCGACUCGGCAACGGCUCGCCACGGAAGGAACCGCUCCCACUGACGUUGGUGGUGGUGGUACCGGUGGCAACGGAUGUGGAGAGCGAGGCAAGGGUAGCGGAGAGGGCGGCUCGGACGAGUAUCACCAUCAGUUCUACAACACCGGCCGGAUAGGGCGCCGGAACGCGCUGCCCGACAUCCUCGGGACGCACUGUACCACGACCACAGCCGACCUGUCGUCACAGCUAGGAGCCCUCUCUACCUCGGAAUGCGCCGGCAAACCAUCCGAUGGAAGUGGCGUACUAAGUAGUAGUAUAGCACCACCGGGCAAUGGUCAAACGCAGACGACCACAGGAGGGACGUAAGCACCGAAACGCCAAAACAAUAUGUGACAACGAGGUGUGGCACGGAGGGAGCAGUGGACGUAAAACAGCUGUUUUCUAUCUCAUCGUGACGAAAGGGAAAACGGAAAAUUUAGUAACGCACACUCCCACAUGCCCAUAAAGGACGUUGAUCUUUCAGAUCGGAUGUCCACACCGUUGCAGUACCCCCUGACCCGGGGGUAUUGCUUUGUGCUUUUACGUUUCUUUACCACGCAUCACAACCAAAUCUCUACUAUCUUCUCUAGUUAGAAUUUCACAGACAAUGAACAGGAAGGCACAGGAAGGACAUUUUAGUUAAAAGAUUGUAUGUUGUCGGUAGCCUGUGUUGAGCUUAAUUAGUCCUUACCCAGUGUCAUUCUUCAUGCUGUUU